GUGAUAUUUACUUUUUUCAAGUGAAAAUCACUCUUCAAUUGCAGCGUAAUAGCUUAAUAUUAAGUUCUUUUUUCAAGGUGAAGUCACUUUUCAAUGUCAGGAGGAUCAUCAUCUCGUCCCACCAGCAAACGCCGCCUUCAAGAAGACGAUGACAAUUCUACCAAAUAUUCACCGGCUAAGAGGGUGAGGUUUCCAAAGGGUAAGAAAGGGAAACCAGUAGAUGUAAUUGUUGAGAAAGUAAUUGUUGAAGAGAAUGUGAAUGACUUGUCGAACCCAGUUCUUGCUGCGAAAGAGCGGAUGAAACGUAGGAAUGAAAUUAUUGCUGAGCUUCUGUGUGAGGAAGAUGAAAUUAUUUCAAAUAAUAUAUCAGCAGCUGAAGUGAAAUAUAAGGAAAAUAAGAAUUUUGUUGAAGAUGGGAUUCACAUUGAGCCUUUCAACCUAGAUAAAGAAAGGGAAGAAGGUUAUUUCGAUGCAUCCGAACAUUAUGUUGAAUAUGUAAGAGAUAAUAAUGAGAUUAAGGAUGCAUGGCUUGACAGUGUUGAGAUUGAUCCUAGAUUUGCUGGAUUAAGCUCUGCAAUAACAAAAGAUGAACAGGAGAUCAAAGAUCUUUCUUAUAAAGAUGUGCGAAUCAUGAAGAGGCGCAUUGCGAACAUUCUUGAACCGGAGGAAACAAUCUUGCAAUGUUUGAGAAGGUUAAAAGGUAAAGGUGAUAAAAAGGCAAAAAUGUCUGUUGAGACUAAAAUUGUAUUUGACCAACUAACUGAGGAUGCUACGAAGCUUGUGGAGAAUGGCGAAUACAAUGUUUAUCAUGAAAAGAAACAUGUUUUUGAGCACGAAGCGGAAGGAUAUGUGGUACCACUAACAAUAAAUUUAUAUUGA